AUGAAGAAGAAGUCAAGGAAUGAGAAGAAGUCAUGGACGGAGAAGAUGUUAUGGAAGGAGAAGAUGGUUUGGAUGGAGAAGAAGUUAAGGAAGGAGAAAAAGUUAGGGAAAAAGAGGAAGUUAAAGAAGGAGAAGAAGUUAAGGAUGGAUAAGGAGUUUGGGAUGGAGAAAAAGUUUGGAAUGAAAAAGAAUUUAAUUAAGGAAGGAGAAGAAGUUAGGGAAAGAGAGGAAGUUAGGGAAAGAGAGGAAGUUAAAGAAGGAGAAGAAGUUAAGGAUGAAGAAGAAGUUUGGGAUGAAGAAGAAGUUUGGAAUGAAGAAGAAUUUAAUUAUGGAGAAGAAAUCAAGGAGGAAGAAGAACUUAGGGAAGGAGAAGAAGUUAAGGAUGGGGAAAUAGUUUGGGAUGGGGAAGAAGUGAAGGAAGGAGAAGAAGUUAGGGAAGAAGAAGAAGUUUUGGAUGGAGAAGAAGUUAAGGAUAAAGAAGAAAUUAUGGAUGGGGAAGAAGUUAAGGAGGGAGAGAUGAUUAUUAUGGAUGGAGAAGAAGUCAAGGAAGGAGAAGAAGUCAUGGACGGAGAAGAUGUUAUGGAAGGAGAAGAUGGUUUGGAUGGAGAAGAAGUUAAGGAAGGAGAAGAAGUUAGGGAAAGAGAGGAAGUUAAAGAAGGAGAAGAAGUUAAGGAUGGAGAAGAAGUUUGGAAUGGAGAAGAAUUUAAGUAUGGAGAAGAAAUCAAGGAGGAAGAAGAAGUUAAGGAAGGAGAAGAAGUUAUGGAUGGAGUAUAA